AGAGCAAUGGUAAAAUACACAGUGCUGCUUUAUUCCUUGGUUGUUUAUACGCUAAUGAUUUAAAAACAAUAUUCGGUAUGAUCAAUUAUUAUCAAAACAAAUGUGAAAAAGUUCUAAAACAAAAACAUAUUCUCUACGAGUGUACCAUAAAUUUAUUGCGGAUCAUUAAGAAAUUACCUUUAUUGGCAACAGUCAUAAAAGAAUCACUGAUUGCAAUGAUUGCGUUUUAUAAUAUGCGAUCCAACUCAAAAAUAGAAGAUUACAUAAUGUAUAAUUAUUUGACACGUUUACAGAAGGUUGAAAGAAAUAUUUUUCAAGAUCUUCCAUCGCAGGAUAAUUGUGAACAAAUCUUAAAAAACAUUAAGUUUAUAUUUAAUACAAUGAUAGUUGAUAUUAAAACUGAAAUAAAAGGAAAAACAAAAACAUGUCUGUUUAAGCCUGGCAAAAUUGAUCCAAUACCGCAAGAUUGGAAAACAGUUUGUAAAGAAGAUAAAAAAUUUUUUUUUAAGUAUUUGAAUAAAGAACUCAGUAACGAAUUUAAGAAAAUUGUCAUAGAAAAGUAUCACAAUUUAGGCUUCUAUUUCAACACAGAAAUUAAGAUGAUUGAUGUAUCAGUGCCAGAAGAAGUUAAUAG